AUACAUUACAACGCUCAAAAUAGCAGAUGGUAAAGAAUAAAGUCAUAUAGGGGAUUUUGGUAAUCCGUCUUGUGGAGGAUGCCCUGUGAACUCCUUAACUCCUCAUUGAGCCACUGAUUCAUGCUGAACAAGGGCUCUGUUGCGUGAUUCCAUUAAUAACAUCAUGUUUUCUCUCUCUUGGAUAUGAAAUAGCGAUCAUAAUUGACAUUUGUACACAGUUACACCUGUAGUUACACCCUUCAACGAACUCUCGCGCUGUUCCUAGAUGUAACCGAUGGAUGGCGCUGUCUGGGCAUUACUGAAUAAAUGGCAAGCGCAAUGGUGUCUGUAUCUCCGUCGACAUGGCAAAGCCUCCAGAUAUUUUACCAAUGGGUCCUAGAAAACGGGGACCAGAGGACAGGUGGAUGGCUUUUGGUGUAUUCUCCGCUCCCUGUCGGGGGGAUCUUCCUGUGUUACCUUCUCAUCGUCUGGCUUGGCCCCAAACUCAUGAUUUACAGAGAACCAGUCAACAUCAAAGCUCUUCUUAUUAUUUACAAUUUUUCCAUGGUGUGCCUUUCUGCUUAUAUGUUUUAUGAGUUCACAGCAUCAUCUUGGUUGGCAAAUUACAGUUUGGUGUGUCAGCCUGUGGACUACUCUGAAACCCCCUUGGCAAUGAGGAUGGCCAGAGUGUGCUGGUGGUUUUACUUCUCCAAAGUUAUUGAACUUACUGAUACAAUGUUCUUCAUUCUGAGAAAGAAGAACAAUCAGCUGACCUUUUUGCACGUGUAUCACCAUGGCACCAUGAUUUUCAACUGGUGGGCAGGGGUCAAGUAUGUUGCAGGAGGCCAGUCGUUCCUUAUUGGCCUCAUAAACUCUUUUGUUCAUGUGGUGAUGUAUAUGUACUAUGGCCUGGCAGCAUUGGGCCCACAAAUGCCUAAGUACUUGUGGUGGAAACGCUAUCUCACUUCCCUUCAGCUGCUCCAGUUCUUUAUUGUGACCAUUCACACUGCAGUCAACUUCUAUGCCGACUGUGACUUUCCUGACUCCAUGAAUAUGGUAGUGCUCAGCUACGCCUUCAGCCUGAUCGCUUUGUUCAGCAACUUUUAUUAUCAGAGCUACAUUUCCAAGAAGACCAAGAUGGCAUGAUAGCAUGGAGAUGGAAGAUACUGAAAUAUAUAUAUAUAUAUAUACUUUGAAUGUUUGAAUAAAAGUCAUCCAUUGAUCCCGAAUGUUGUGGUUGAGAUUGA